UGCUUCACUUUACUCACUCUGACACUAACCAGAAGGCAUAGAAGACUACUUGGAUGGAAUAAUAAUAAUAGAAUCACUAGAGAAUAGUAAUUAUUUAUUAUGCUUUACUCUCUCUCAGUCUCUCUCUCCCACCACACUUUUCACCCUUCUUCACUCCACAUUAAUGCCUUCUCCAUCCCCAAGGGUUCUUCUUCCACUACUCUUUAUUAACCUCUUCACUCCCUGCGUCACUUUCUCCACCUUCCCUGGGAGCAUUCAAUAUCAAAAUUCAUUUUUUUUUUCUUCUUUUUCACUUCACAACAGAGUUCAAAAAGAUCAAAUGUUUGCUCUUCCAACUGUUAUAGAUUUUCAGUAUACCAAGUGGGAACUUGUUCAUCUUUGAGUUAGUGUGUUCUUCUUGAAUGGAGGGGUUUUUGAAAUUCUGAAACAGCAAAAAGUCCAAAAGUGAUUUUCUUGGAGUUACUUUACUUUGUUUUCUUUUUCUUCUUUUCAUACUCACAUGGUUUAUAUCUAAUCCUUCUUUUCUUCUUUCCCAUUUUGUUUCUUUCUACUCUUUUUCAUUUUGUUGAUAUCCACACUUCAGUCUUCAUUCUGUGUCCUUUUGCUGAGUAGAAACUUCCCCUACCAACCCUUUUCUGAUUUAUGCAAGCAACUGAUAAUGUUCUUGGUGAAAGACAUAGCUUUGUUGAAAAUCAUGAGGAGGAGUUGUUGCUUUUGAUGUUUGAACAGUACCCUCAAUUCUAGAUACAUCACUUUGUGAAGAAGAUGAUGAUGCAAUUCAGCAAAUGCAUACAUCUAUUGUUGUUUCUGAUUGUUUUUGUUCAAGUUCUGCUACCAGUGUUCUCUGGUGGCCCUGGUUUCAGUGAUGAUGUAUUGGGGUUGAUUGUGUUCAAAGCUGGUUUACAAGACCCAAAUCACAGACUCUCUUCAUGGAAUGAGGAUGAUUACAGUCCCUGCAACUGGGAAGGUGUGAAAUGUGAUCCUUCCACCAACAGGGUCUCUUCUCUUAUCCUUGAUGGGUUCUCUCUUUCUGGGCAUGUUGAUAGAGGCCUCUUGAAUUUGCAGUCCCUUCAAAUUCUCUCACUUUCUGGUAACAACUUCACAGGGCCUAUAAACCCUGAUCUCCCUCACCUUUGGAAUCUGCAAGUUGUGGAUUUCAGUGACAACAAUCUCUCUGGGACAAUCCCAGAAGGGUUUUUUCAACAAUGUGGGUCUCUCAGAUCAGUUUCCUUUGCUAAGAACAACCUCACAGGUAAGAUUCCUGAUUCUUUAACCUCCUGCAACACAUUGUUAACUGUUAACUUUUCAUCCAAUCAACUUUAUGGAGAAUUGCCAUCUGGGGUGUGGUCUUUGAGGGGAUUGCAAUCACUUGAUCUGUCAAAUAACCUUCUUGAGGGAGUGAUUCCUGAGGGAAUUCAGAAUCUUUAUGAUAUGAGGGAGUUGAGGUUACAGAAGAAUCAUUUUACUGGGAAAGUUCCUGAGGAUAUUGGAUGGUGCAUACUUCUGAAAUCACUUGACUUGAGUGACAAUUUUCUCUCCGGGGAGCUUCCUCAGUCGAUGCAAAGACUCACUUCAUGCAAAUCACUUAGUUUGAAUGGAAAUUCAUUCACAGGAAGCAUUCCUGAAUGGAUUGGAGAGUUGAAAGAUCUAGAGACAUUGGAUCUUUCUGCAAAUAGAUUUUCUGGUUGGGUUCCAAAUUCAUUAGGAAAUCUAGACUCACUGAAAAGAUUAAAUUUAUCCAGGAACCAGUUCACAGGAAACUUGCCUGAUUCAAUGGUGAAUUGCACUAUGCUUUUGGCUCUUGAUAUCAGCCACAAUCAGUUAGAAGGCCUUCUUCCUUCAUGGAUUUUUGGGAUGGAUUUACAAAGUAUCUCUCUUUCUGGGAACAGCUUCAAUCCUUCACUCAAGUCCACACCUUCAUAUUAUCAUGGUAUUGAGGUUUUGGAUUUGUCAUCCAAUGCAUUUUCUGGUGAACUCCCAUCUGGGAUUGGUAGUCUUAUUAGUUUGCAAGUGUUAAAUAUGUCCACGAACAAUAUAUCUGGUCCUAUUCCUGUGGGCUUAGGAGAACUUAAAUCAACAUACAUUAUUGAUUUAAGUCGUAACAAACUUAAUGGAAGCAUCCCUUCUGAAAUAGCCGGAGCAAUUUCGCUCAUUGAACUGAGGUUACAAAAGAACCACCUAGGUGGGAGAAUUCCAGCCCAAAUUGAGAAGUGUUUAUCUCUAAAAUCUUUGAUUCUUUCUCACAACAAGCUUACUGGUUCAAUCCCUGCAGCCAUUGCAAACCUAACCAAUCUUCAACAUGUAGAUUUUUCAUGGAAUGAACUCUCUGGAAGUUUACCCAAGGAGCUGACAAAUCUUUCCCAUCUUUUAUCAUUUAAUGUAUCCCACAACCACUUUCAAGGUGAGCUACCAGUUGGUGGCUUCUUCAAUACCAUCUCUUCCUCUUCUGUAGCGGGUAACCGACUGUUGUGUGGUUCUGUUGUCAACCACUCCUGCCCAUCUGUUCACCCAAAACCUAUUGUAUUAAAUCCCAAUUCUUCCGGUUCCAACUCUAGCAUUGCCUCGCACAAUCAUCGCCACAAGAUCAUACUGAGUAUAUCGGCUCUUAUUGCUAUUGGAGCAGCUGCUUUUAUUGCCAUUGGUGUGGUGGCUAUUACUGUCCUAAACGUCCGUGUGCGUUCUUCAAUGGCGCGUUCCGCAGCUCCGUUUGCAUUCUCUGCUGGUGAGGACUAUAGUAAUUCACCGGCAAAUGAUCCAAACUACGGCAAGCUUGUCAUGUUUUCUGGUGAUGCAGACUUUGCUGAUGGAGCCCAUAACCUUCUUAACAAAGACAGUGAAAUAGGACGUGGCGGGUUUGGAGUUGUUUACCGCACAUUCCUUCGAGACGGACACGCUGUUGCAAUCAAAAAGCUUACAGUCUCAAGUUUGAUCAAGUCUCAAGAAGAAUUUGAGAGGGAAGUUAAAAAGCUUGGGAAGAUCAGGCACCAGAAUGUUGUAGCACUCGAAGGUUAUUAUUGGACUUCAUCCUUGCAGCUACUCAUUUACGAGUACCUAUCGAAAGGAAGUUUGCAUAAGCUUCUACAUGAUGAUGAUAACAGCAAAAAUGUCUUCUCGUGGCGACAAAGGUUCAAGAUUAUCCUCGGCAUGGCGAAAGGGUUAGCCCAUUUGCACGAGAUGAACAUGAUCCACUACAAUCUCAAAUCAACCAAUGUUCUGAUUGAUUGUUCUGGUGAGCCAAAAAUCGGAGAUUUCGGCUUGGUGAAGCUCUUGCCAAUGUUAGACCACUGUGUUCUGAGCAGCAAGAUUCAAAGCGCGCUCGGAUACAUGGCGCCUGAGUUUGCUUGCCGCACAGUUAAGAUAACCGAGAAAUGCGACGUGUACGGUUUCGGGAUCCUGAUUCUCGAGGUCGUGACCGGAAAAAGACCGGUGGAGUACAUGGAGGAUGAUGUUGUGGUUCUGUGUGAAUUGGUGAGGGGUGCAUUGGAGGAAGGGAAAGUGGAGCAAUGUGUUGAUGGGAGGCUAUUGGGUAAUUUUGCUGCGGAGGAAGCGAUUCCUGUGAUGAAAUUGGGGUUGAUUUGUGCCUCACAAGUGCCAUCAAACCGUCCUGAUAUGGCUGAGGUAUUGAAUAUAUUGGAGUUAAUCCAAUGCCCUUCAGAAGGACAAGAGGAAUUAGAGUGAAAUUUUGUUGCAAUGUUUGAGUAACAGCACAUGUUGCAGUGCCUGGUGAAGAACAAUCCAGUUUAAAGAGCUAUAUACAUGCAAAGAAUGUUAAAGUCAUUUCCUUUCCAUCUUGUUCAACUUGUUGAAAUUGUCUUGUAAUUUUUAUCUUAGUUUUGUUUUGUUUUGUUUCAUCUCAUGUUAUAUUACUGGAUUUUUCUUCACCA